UUGAGUGCUCGUUCGUGUUCGGUUCGUGUGCCUCGGCGAGCAUAAUCGCGUAAAAUGGAUUCACAAUUUAGUUGCGAGGUGAAGGUUGAUCGUUGAGAAAAAGUGAACAUGGGAAGGUCCAAAUUUCCCGGGAAACCGCCGAAGACGGUUACCAGGAAGCGGAUCAAGGUUCUCGCUUGGCCAGAAGCGACUCAAAGUGAUUCCGUAACCGUCGCCGAGAACAUCUAUUACGGACUUUCCCUGUUCAACGAGACGUUCGGUGACAACGAAAAGGAACAUCCACCGUUUCACGGUUUUAGCAGCAAAGAGGCUAAGCUUUCUGCGUCGUACAUAAAAACACAGCAGAAGGAUGCAAAAAAUGCUGCGAAAAAAUUGCCAGUUUCAGUCAAGAAUCUUCCAUCUUCGAGCAAUGUUGAAAAGUACCUCGAAAAAGAUGUAAAAAAUUCCUCCUCGGAUACUGAAAAUCAUAAAAAUGAUAUCAAUGAGAAUAAAGAUGUCAAGAAAAGUGUGAAAGCAGAUACAAAGUCCGCAGACGUGAAAACUGCGGAGGAGAAAGCACUUUUGGGGAAAAAGGAGAAGAAGGAAAAAUUCUCUAAUUUCGUCAAGACUCCUGUGCUAAAAUCUGUUAAUAAUAUCCUCGACCGGCAUCAUCGAACAAGGCAAUUGCGAAAUAGUACUGCUAAGCGUUUGCUUCAAAAAGCAAAAUCAAACAACAGCAAUGGACGUGUUACUCAAGUGCAAUCGUCCGAUAAAUCUGGAAGUGCUAGGAAAUUCGUGCUGCCGAUGCGCAGCGCUCAUUCGUCGAGGGUGAUUAAGCCGAAUAAAAGGUUUAUCGAGGAAUUGGAAGAGAAGUCUGGCCCAGAGCACAGUGAAAAUGAUUCCGCAAAGCAGGCAAAGAAGGCCAAAAAGGUGAAAGAAGAGAACGAAAAUCUACUCUUGAAAUUAGACGAGAAGGAGAUGAAAACCAAGUCGAAAAAAGCGACUAACUCAGCUUCCAGUGGUCAAAAUUUCCAGCAGGCUACAAAGAGUUGUGAGAAAUCGGCGGAUUCCUUUCCAGACGCACAAACGAAAAGUUCACAGGGUAAAUCCCAGAAUGCAUCAGGCAAAGGCAAAAUCACCAAGGUUCCACACAAUUGCAACCUUGGAAGUAAAGAUUCCUCGCAAAUCACAACUGAUGCGAAAAUUCCUGUGCCCUCGAGUCAGAAGAAUCAUGGCAUUCCUUCAAGGGUUCUUCCGGAUCCCAAUGUUCCAAAUUCAGAGUCUUCCAGAAUUCAGACGAGAUCAGGAACUCUAAACAACGCGUCGAGCGGUCCAAGUCCCUCGGCGAAGGUACCUGAUACUCCAGAAGAAUCGAGUAAACCAAUGUCUACCGAAGAAAGUGGCUUGUGCGAAAAUAGUCUGAGGAGUGUGAAAAAUGAUGAGUGUAGUCCGGAUGAUUCGAUGGAUUGCAAGAACGAUUCUGACUUCGAUUCGGAAAGUUCCUUGUCGGAAAGUGGAAGCGAUCAUGGAAAUAAUUCGGAAGAUGAGCAGUCCGAGUGGACGGGAACAAAGUUGACUGGAGGGAAAGUUAUCUUAAGAAAAGCAAGGUUAAAAUUGGAUAACAAAACUUUGAGUGGCACCGAAGGGCCAUUUUCUAUGGCGAAUGCUCAGUGUCCGGCAAAUGGAAAUACAAAUUCAGGUCUCACCGGCACAGUCAAGUGCGGAGUUUGUGGAGCUGUGCGAUUCUACCGAUUCGUGAAACAGGCGCGCAAAUUUGGCAUCUACAGUUGCGAAUCUUGUCGUAAAUUCAUCAGUAAAAUGAUAAAGCGCCAAGCCUGCGCCAAAUCAAUGAACAGUGUACUUCCCUCCCUCCAGUGCCACAAGGGCGACGGAUUGUGCCUCGUUCCUCCAGUCGUAAGAAGUCAACAAUGGAAUCUCAUGAGGUGUGUCUACAAAGCUAGAUGUCCAGCCUGUUGGUUGAAAAUGUGUCUCAAGUGCUACAAUAUUCCCACGGCAAUUCGCACAGGACUAAAUACAAUGUUGCCGCCUUUGAUGAGAGAUCCUCUCUCUAUGUCCUUGUCUCUAGGCCUGGAGGACAAUGAUCUGCAAAGUCAGAAGCUGAUAGGUUGUAGUAUGGGUUGGCCAGCAGAAGAUAAUUUAGAGAAGAACUUGUUCAAGUCCGCAAUGAGUUGGAACAACAUGGAACUUGGGCAAAAGUCAACUUAUCAGGACACUGUUGGAGGAGUUCUAACGAGAAAGACGGACAAGUUGGACAAUCCAAUGACAGUGUCGCCGAGUAAGAAACGUAAAAAGGAGAAUCGGAUCAAAGUGCGAAAGAAAAUUAAAAAUCCUACUGUCGUGCCGCCAACUUUCAAUAAAUGCCAAGCACCUUCGAGGCAAAGGCUAGAAUUGAAAGGGCCCAGGGUGAAGCAUGUUUGUAGAAGCGCGAGUGUUGCUCUUGGACAACCGAUAGCGACCUUUCCGUCUAUUGAUGGAAAGGAAGAAGAAGUUGGCAAGAACAUCCCGAAGGCACAAAAAGAAGGGGAGAAGGUCGAGAGGAAGGAGGAAGUUACGAAGGAAAAGGAGACCCAGAAAUCAAAUCCAGAGGGUCUUAAUUGCAAUAUUAAUGUUAUUCCGCAAUCGCAAAAGAGGGGCAAGAAUCAGCAAAUCGUUUCGACUGCAAAUCUUGGUGUGGAGCGUUCUUUGCCGAAAGCAACAGCAGCAAUGGUGCAUACAGUUUCCAUAGAUUUUUGGGAGCAAUAUGAUCCAGCCGAAGUUGGGGCAAAAGGAUUUGCACUCAUAGGUUCAGAAUUAUUUCACAUUCCUGCCAUUUGUUUUCUAUGUGGGAGCGCUGGUCGAGAACCGCUAAUUCACUGUCAGUGCUGCUGCGAACCAUAUCACGCCUAUUGUCUGGAACCGAGCGAAUGGAACGCUUGUGUCCAGCCAAACUGGUGUUGUCCACGUUGCACAGUGUGUCAGACCUGCCAACUUCGUUCCGGGCCAAAGUUGUCAUGCAUCCGCUGUCGCCAGUCUUUUCAUCAUUCGUGCUUGUCGAAAUCUGGUGUGAGUGCCAGGCUUUAUAGUCCGGACAGGCCUUACGUUUGCCAGAGUUGCAUCAAAUGCAAAAGCUGUGGAAGCGAAGGAGUCACUGUCCAUGUGGGAAAUCUUCCAUUAUGUUCCAUGUGCUUUAAGCUACGCCAGCGUGGAAACUACUGUCCUCUCUGUCAAAGAUGUUACAAUGAAAAUGACUUUGAUACCAAGAUGAUGGAGUGCAACGAGUGUUCCUGUUGGGUGCACGCUGUCUGCGAGGGCCUGUCAGACGAGCGCUACCAAAUCCUCAGCUACUUGCCCGACACUAUCGAGUUCACAUGUCGACAGUGUUCACCCAAUCCAAACUCCAUUUGGCGAAACGCCAUUGAAGCCGAACUCAAAACCGGCUUCAUAGCAGUAAUCAAAUCGCUCAGCAAAAAUCGAAAAACCUGCGCUGCUCUGCAGUGGAGUCCAAGGAAAGAGUGUCUCUGCAGACCGCUAGUAACCAUCAGAAAACUGGACUUUGACGAAAAACUUGAAUCCAGUUUGAUGCUGAGUAAAAGCAAUUCAGCCGAGGAGACAGAAGACUCGGCGAGUGAAAAAUCAACAAGUGAUUCCAGUGCAAACCCUAAUUUAAAACCCGACUUGAGUAGGUUCGAUUUUGAAUGUGACGAUCAGCCAAUCGAUAUUCCCAGGCGAGGUUUGAGGAGGCUCAGGCAGAAGGUUCACUCGAAAGACUGCUCGGGAAAGUCGAAAAGUUCGAGUGAGGCGAAUUCGAAGGACGUUUUUGAUCAGGAGAACAACUUGAGCGAGCCAAAAGACUGUAAUUGUUCCGAGCAGCAAAUUAUAGCGAGGCCCUCGCCAACCUUGAUGUCGGUGAAGCGGAAGGUCAAUGGUAACGAGUACGGCUCGCUCUCUCAAUUUUACUGUGAUAUGGAGUACGUGAUCAAUCGCAUUGGUAUGCGCGAUCUUCUAGAGGCUUAUCAUAAAAUUCUGAAGGAAAUAUUUCCCUGGUUCGAUCCGUCAAAUCCUUCCUAUGAAUGCGAGAGUUUAUCGACGCCUUCCAAGAAUUCCCAGAAAGAUGCUGAAUCGCCAGGAAGGAAAGUGGAUAGUGUCACGGAUGUGUGGAAAGAAGAGGUUCUAAAAUCCCCGAAAGCAGUGGCUGUGAAAACAGGGAAUGUUUACAGCAACAUCAGCGUGGAUGAUGGUAGGUCCUGUUGUCUCUGCAAGGGACUUGGCGACAGUCAAGAGUCGAAAGAAGGCCGUCUUUUGUACUGCGGGCAAAAUGAAUGGGUUCAUUCGAAUUGUGCCCUUUGGUCGAACGAGGUUUUCGAGGAAAUUGACGGUUCCCUGCAGAACGUUCACAGUGCCAUUUCGAGAGGACGUCUCAUUCGCUGCAACGAAUGCGGCAAAAAGGGAGCGAGCGUUGGAUGCUGUUCGAAAAAUUGCAGCAACACUUUUCAUUAUUCGUGUGCGAGGAACAUAGGAAUGAUUUUCAAUGAUGACAAGACAGUCUUCUGCUCUCUACAUUCUGCUGACUGUGCGAAUAAAACAAUUCAAAAUGAGAGUGAAUUUUGUUUGAAGAGGCCUGUUUACGUAGAGAUGGACCGAAAGAAGAAAAAAUUCGCCGAGCCUGACAAAGUUAAAGUGAUGAUUGGAUCCUUGACGGUCGAUUGUUUGGGAACAAUAUCGCCCGAGUUUUCAGACAGUGUUGAGAAAAUAAUUCCGAGUGGUUAUAAAUGCUCGAGACUUUACUGGUCGACUGUAAAUCCUCUGAAGAUCGUCAGGUAUUAUAUCAGAACUUAUGUUCAAGUUUAUGUCCCAGAAGUCUCGACCGAUUUGGAAAAUAACGUUACGAUUGAUCACGCGAAAGAAAGUCAGAUAGAGGAAGAACUGAGACGCCAGAAGUUGGAGAUAAUCAUCGUGAAACAAACCCUCGAUUCUUUAAUUGACACCGUCUGUAAUAAAGAAGUGGAUGAAAACCUUGCGGAGCAAAGCAACACGGAUCUUCUGCCGCCGGAAUUGAAGGAGGCGAUUUUCGAAGACCUGCCACAUGACAUUCUCGACGGGAUUUCCAUGCAGGACAUAUUCCCGAAGAUGAGCUAUGAAGACUUUCUAGUCAUGGAUUUGAAAAAUGAUGCGUUUUCGGCCGAUUUAUUAAAAGACGAUAUCCUCCCUGCCGAGGAAGAUAUGAAACCUCCUGAAAAUAAAGUGUCAAAACCUGAAGCUCUUGAAUCAAGUUCGCAGAAUGACACCUGGUUGGAGUCGAAAAAUUCUGUACAGGAUUUGAUGGACGAUAUAUUUGGUUCGAAGAGUCAGAAGGUUGGCGGGAAAGAACUGAAGAGAUCCAAGUCGGAAGUGAUGACGAACAAUCCCGUCGUCGGGGGUCAGAAGCACCAACAGCGUUCUUGCAGUUUGACUUGGAGCUGCAAACUCGACAGUGCUUAUGGCUCGACGAUGAAGAGGAGGAAAGUGCCGAGGAAUUGCGGAUCAGUGAAACCAGGAGAGGCUAUUUUAGAACCAAAUAAUGAUCGGGGUUCGAUGUUUCAUGACCUGAGGAUUCCAGAGACUUUUAUGGUGACAGUGGGUCGAGCAAACACACCUAGUGAUCUCAAGUACUGCAUAGAAGACACCAGUAACAUCAACUGCAGACUCCUGCCCUCGAAAGAUGAGAAUAAAGAUCACAAAAGUCUUCUCUGGCACACAAGACAGCAGCCUAGGAUAGUGCAGGUUGAUGGUCCAGCCGAUCCGAGUAGCGCGAGUGAAUGCAGCUCGCCAGAAUACAAUAUUGAGGAAAGAAUCCAUCCUAAUUGCUCCUCGAUGCCUCAACUCGACGGAGCAAACGAUGACUCUUCCCAAGAUAGUAGUGAUGCCGAAGGACGAGAGUUUCUCAGGUCGCGACUGAAAAGAAUCUUCAAAUUCAGCGACAUUGAAUCUCAGAAGAAACUCGAUAAAGACGGAUUUUCCAGCGAGAAGAGUUUAAGUUUCAAGAUUCCUCAGUUCGACGGCGGUGAUGAUAUCUCGAGUGACGAUGAGUGCGUUAAUCAGCAGGUUAACGAAGAGGUAAAUCCUCCGCCAGAGGCAAAUCCAUCAGGGGAAGUUGGUGAUCGGCCCGUUAAGUGCAAAAGGUGCCAGUGCACUUACCGAACUCAGGACAGCUACAACAGACACUUGGCGAAUUGCGACAUCAUGACGACAAGUGACAGCGACUCGGAAACGAUGGAUAACAAACUAGCAUCACCGGACUCUACAUUCUCGCAGAGCAUUGGUUCCGUGUCUCCUCAGUUUGUCGCAAUGUCGCCCUCGGAAGGUCACACGGUUUUACAGGAAUAUCCUGAUAUGCAGGUCACCUCUCCCAUUGAAGCUUCCGUUCCCUCGCAUCCUGGAAUUCAGAUUGAGCCAAUGGCUCAAGCUCUCAUCACUCCGCAAAUUCACACCCAUGCGACUGUGGAAACUGUUCACCAGACAGUCCUAACAUCGAACGAUAUGAUCGUUCAAACGCAGUACACGAGGACAACAACUACACUACCAAACUCGACAGUUUUGCCGCCGGAAAGUGGCGUUCAGAUCACGGAGAUCACGAGUCCAAAUUCCAUUUCCGAGUUCAAUGAUUCGCAUGCAACGGCAACAACGCCGCUUAAUUCUCCCGGAAAUUCGCCAAAUCUUCCAAGUCCGCAGGGAUCGGCAACUUAUUUGUCAACUGGUGUCCAAACCGCGACGACUGACGAGGUUCUUCCUUCCCAUGUGGUGAAAGCGCUGAAGCCAAGGUCUCCGAGAGCGCCGAAACCAAGGAGCAAGAAUAUUAAGGCUCCCGUGAUGCGGAAUCCGCCUCCUGGACAACAAAAUAUGGGGAAUAUGAGGUGUCAGGGGAUGCAGAAUAAUCCGCAACUUAUUCAGCUGCAGCAGUCACAGAGGCAGGCUCCGACGGUGAUUUUGCAGCAGGUGGCACCCCAGGGCAUCAUGUCGGCUUAUGUCGAAACACUGCAGCAGCAGUCGGGACAAAAUUUGCAAUAUAUCACGGCAAUUGGAGGACAACAUGAAGCGCAGUUUAAACCUCAGUUUAUUACGACUAACCAGCUUGUUCCGGGAGCGUAUAUUCAGACGGGUUCUGAUAACUUGCUGACUCUUCAAAACGGAGGUAUCUCAGUACUUCCGAGCGUUCAGCUAACUCAACAACAACCUACAGUCCUGGGAACGAUAAUUCAGCAACAACCAAGUGCGAUUCAGUGCGGGGUAAUUUCCUCCGAGCAGUUAGUCCUCAGCUCGACUCCAACCCUCGAGAUGUUCACCGAUUCGACAGGGAGCAUGUUCGUAUCAAGUCAGCCAAUGUACUACGGCCUGGAAACGAUUGUCAGUAACACGGUGAUGUCUUCGAGUCAGUUCAUGACUGGUGCAGUACCACAAGUAUUAUCAAGUAGUUAUCAAACAACAACCCAAGUAUUUCAAGCUUCCAAGCUCAUGGAGCCAAUCGUCGAUGUGCAAUCAGUCUCGACCAUGCCGAACGUACCAACCGUUCAAGCCAUGCAAGGUGUUCCAGGAAUGGCUGGCAGCUACGUUGUCGUCAAUCAACCUACUUCCAUGACUGAUGCCAUCGCGACACCACAACUCAGCGUACCAACAAAUCCUGAACCCAAUUUCACCCCAGUCGCUUGCACCCUCUCUUCUUCCAUGAACUCGCAACCUGUCGAGCCUGUCAGGCCAAUUCAAACUUUGGAAACGCCUCCACUCGUUCCCGAGCUUCAUCAAAAUCCGAGAAUGUCUCCGCCAUCGAAGCCACUUCAGCAAACGAUUCCUACAAUUCCAAGAGUCGCGGUUCGGCCAAAUCCGGCGAUGCAAGCUCCUCCACAGGAAAAUAUUCCCUGGAAGGUAACGCAGCCGAUUCUGGGUCCGGAACAACCAAUCAGCAACAGUGUCCGACCCUAUUUUGAUUCUAAGCACGUGUCGGAGAACACGAGCAUGAUUAAGUCAAGCAUAUCAACGAAGAUUCCUCCCUUGCCCAAUCAUUGCAUUACUCAGAGAAAUAUUUUAAAUAAGUUUAAUGAUGUAAAUAGUGUACAUAGUACCUAUAGUAGUUCGCUGACAAAUACUAAUAGUAGCGUAAGUUUAAGCAAUAUCCCGGUUAUCUCGAAUCCCAGUGCACAGAAUAAGAUUACAAUGCCAACGAGUAACGUACCAACGAGUCGACCGAUGAACAGGGUUCUACCCAUGCAAGCUGUUAUGCCGAAGUUAGAUUCUCUCAAAACUGUCCAGAAACCAGUCAUCGGUUUGGACGAGCCUACGAAGCCGGUAAUCAAACCCAUUGAGACUGAAGUUGAUUUGCCUCCGAAGGAAAUUUUACCUAUAAUUGAACCCGAGAAUAAAUCGCAGUUAAGGGUGAAUAACUUAGAGAUUACUGUUGACUCCACUGGCGAGAAUUUCAAGCUGAUGGAGACCUUUGAAGAGAAGAUGAUGGAGAAUUUAAAAGAGGCUGAGAAUUUAAAAGAAAGGGCGAAUCUAAAAGAGAAGGAGAACCUAAAAGAGAGGGAGAAUCUAAAAGAGAAGGAGAAUCUAAAAGAGAAGGAGAAUCUGAAAGUGAAUCUACAAGAGAAUCUAAAAGAGGCUACUAAAGCAAAUCUGAAAGAGAUAGUGAAAGAAAAUGUUUUUGUGAAGGAAAAUCUUAGUGUGAAGGAAAAUCGUAGUGUGACGGAAAAUCUUAGCAUGAAGGAAAAUCUUAGUUUGAAGGAAAAUAUUAUGGUGAAAGAAAAUCUUGUAGUGAAGGAAAAUGUAAAAGAGAAAGCGAAAGACAAUCUGAAAGAGAAAGUAAAGCUUCAAGAACACCUAAAACAAAAUCAAAAGGUGGAGCCCGAGUUGAAGGAGAAGGCACCGAGCAAUACAUCAUUGAAAAUUAUCUUACAAAAGCAAUUGGAGGAUGGUUCGUACAAAAUCACCCAAUCCCUGAAUUCGACGAUUAAUAAAAAAUCUCCUCAAAUCACCGCGAUGGAGGUGAAACCUGCGCCCGACAAUCAACAAAAGUCCCUGAAACUUCUUCCGAUACAAACUUUCACCUUGAAGAAAAAUUCGCUUAGUGAGAAAACCGGGUCUACCAACACGGCGAAUCUCGCGAAACUCAAGUCUCCGCCAAUAGCAGUUAAGAAGCCCAGACUCAUCUCGAAAAGCGUCAACGCAGUGAAGAAUAGUCCGCGGGUUCCGCCUCAAAAGAAGAAAUUGACUGGACCGAGUCUCAUGUACGAGAUCAAGUCUCAGGAUGGAUUUACUCACACUGCAUCUUCCAUGUCUGAAGUUUGGGAUACUGUUUUCCAAGCCGUUCAAAACGCACGAAAAGCCCACAACUUGCCGCCCUUGCCUCACAAUCCGCUGACGGAGAACCUGGGACUGGAGAAUAACGCAGCAAUUUACUUGGUGGAACAGCUGCCGGGUGUGAAUAGGUGCACGAAGUACAAACCGAAAUUCCAUGAUCUGUCGCCUCCGAAGCCUGGGGAAGCUGAUGGCGAUUUGUUGGCGGAAUGCGAAUACGGAUCUGCAAGAGCGGAGCCAUUCAAGGAGAGGAAAGUCCAUGACAUGUUCAGUUGGCUUGCGUCCAGGCAUCGGCAACAACCAAAGCUGAUUGCCAUCUCGGAAACUGAAUCUAGAAGAGCCGCCAGUACAAAUUUGCCAAUGGCGAUGAGGUUUAGAAUUCUCAAAGAAACGUCAAAGGAAUCUGUUGGAGUUUAUCAUUCACACAUCCAUGGCAGAGGACUUUUCUGUUUGAGAGAUAUCGAGGCUGGAGAAAUGGUGAUCGAAUAUGCUGGGGAGGUGAUUCGAGCUUCCUUGACAGACAAGCGGGAAAAAUACUACGACAGCAAGCACAUCGGUUGCUACAUGUUCAAAAUCGAUGAUCACCUUGUUGUCGAUGCUACCAUGAAAGGAAAUGCAGCUAGGUUUAUUAAUCACUCGUGCGAGCCCAACUGUUACUCUCGGGUGGUCGAUAUCUUAGGUAAGAAGCACAUUUUAAUUUUCGCCCUGCGCCGCAUCGUUCAGGGCGAAGAAUUAACAUACGACUACAAAUUUCCCUUCGAGGACAUUAAGAUUCCGUGUACCUGCGGCUCGCGCAGAUGUCGCAAAUACCUCAACUGAGACUGCGUAUUUGAUUAUUGUAAAACGCGCCACUGGACACAAAAGAAGAGCAGCAUUAUUAUAUAUUUAUGUGCUAAUAAUUGCGUGCGUUUUGAGCCGAGAUUCAUUUUACUGAAUGUUAUUGAUUUACUCGGCGAUCUAUUUUCAGAGACCACAGCUUUUUAUUGACAGAAGAUUAAAUAUCUAUAGAUUUAUAGUUGCAUAGAAGGCCAGAUAUACAUAUUAACGUGGACAGUAUCGUUGUGACGACGUUAACACAACUUUACUCUAAACGACUGUGCGUUACGGUUGAUUUAAGGAGUAUACUUAUAGCAAUAACCCAUUAAAGAUUUUCUGCUUUCGCUCUUCAAACGACGUGUAAAACGCUAAACUUCAUUUCAUUACAAGUUACACAUCUCUGUGCACUUUGUUCACUAGCGAG